UCCUGCGUAGGUAAGAGGGUCUGCGGAAGAGUUGCUGUAUUCUGGGAAUGAGGAGGGUCUUCCUUCUCAACGGCGUCUAAUCCUCCGGGGUGGACGGCUCUGCCCCUUGAUUUACAUCAUCUAGCCACCCCUACCAGACGCAGCUCCAGGAGCUGGAGGUAGAGAACCGUAUAAAACGGCCUAAGGGCCAACUACAGGACUGACUGACCAUGACUUCUAUAAAGGAGCAGGCGGCAAUUAGCCGGCUCUUGAGUUUUUUACAAGACUGGGACAAUGCUGGCAAAGUGGCAAGGAGUCACAUCCUCACCAAGUUCAUUGAAACCAACCAAGGCAAGACAGCCCCAGAACUGGAGCAGGAGUUUUCCCAGGGAGCCAGCUUGUUCCUGGUGCGUUUGACCACCUGGCUCAGGCUCACUUACAUGACUCCCUCGUGUUUAAAUAAGCUCCUGAGAUCUAUUGGCAUCUUCUUAUCAGCUGUAAGCAGUUAUCGGUACCUUACAGAAUUUCUUGAGGUUGGAGGUGUCUUAACACUCUUGGAAAUACUUGGUCUGGAGAAGAUCAAGGAAGAAGACAAGAAGGAGUCCAUCAAGCUACUUCAGACAAUUGCAAACUCUGGGAGAAAGUAUAAGGAGCUCAUCUGUGAAAGCUAUGGUGUGCGAUCCAUAGCACAAUUUUUUGCUACGUCUAAGUCAGAAGAGACCCAGGAAGAAGUACAGAUUCUGUUGGAUUCUUUGGUCCACGGUAACCCCAAGUACCAAAAUCAAGUAUACAAAGGUCUAAUAGCUUUGCUGCCCUGCGUGUCCCCGAAAGUUCAACAGCUGACCCUGCAGACUCUCAGGACUGCCCAGUCCAUCGUCGGCAGCACACACCCCAGCAUCGUGGGCUGCGUGCUGAAUGUGCUGCGCACAGUGCACCUGGAAGUCCAGUAUGAAGCCAUCGCGCUGAUCAAGGAUUUGGUCAACUACGACGUGUGCGGGCAGCUGCUCCAAGGCCUGGUGGCGUUGCUGAUACCUUCGGUCAAGGAGACCAGCAAACUGCAGCCCAAGAUUCUCAACGAAACGUCGGUUCUCCAGGUCACCGCCCACCUGCCGGUGUUCCUGCAGCAGGCCGCGGCCGCCAAGGCCAUCGGGGUCCUGGUGCGCAGAAACAUGGGCCUCGCCGAGGAGAUGCUGCACUUGCGUGUGGUGCACAGCCUGAUGACCGCCAUGGGCAACACGGACCACAGCAACAGCCAGCGGCAGGCCAGCCUCACGCUGGAGUUCUUCGUGCAGACAUUCCCGGUGGUGGAGGAGCUUGUGCGCAAGUCCAUGGGGGAGGAACUCUUCAAGCUCUUCCAGAGCAAUGCCGAGAACUUGUACUCGAAAAUGGAUAGCAUUCAGGCGGACAUCUUGGCGGCCAACAAAGUCAAUGUCCCCAAGGCUUUACACCUCAGCAACCUCUCCCAAAACAAGAGGUUUUACCUCGGUCCUGGGGAUCAGAAUCAGCUGACCUACAUACAGAGCUUCCAGGAGGAGAACCUGCAAACCAAUGAGUAACGACCUCUGAGGCAGGCCAGGAGGCCAGGCUUUGUGGCCAGGAAGGAGCCUGGGCUCAAGUCCCAGGGGGCUCCGUGGGCAUUGGGGGUGGGGAUAAGCUUGCCGCUGGGGAGGCAGAGCUGCGCCUGAGAAGCCUUGAAUAAACAGUAUUGCCCACUGUCUCUGCUGUGUGCCCACUGGGGAGAAAGAGCAGAUGAGGGCGAUGAGGAUGGACUGGAGGGGUGCCAGACGAAGGGUCCAGAGGGAAGGGUCAUGAAGGUGCUGGAAGGUUAGAGGGGCCCCUGCUGGCCUCUGUUCUCUCCUAGGGCACCACGCCCACCUGGUUUUUCUCCUACCUCUCUGAUUUGCUUCCUCUCAUAUUCUUUUGCUGAGUCCACCUCUUUAGCCCAGGUUAUUUCAAGUUAGAGAGCGACUGGCUUCCCUGGUGGUUGAGUCAGCACGAUCACGCUGUUACCAGCCACUGUGGCCUGAAUUCAAUCCCUGGCCCA